AUUUCAGCAGCUUGAGACUCGAUAAAUACAGACUCUGGAGGCUCAGGAGCUGAAAGUGUAAGUCUGCAACCGAAUUCAACUGUCAUAUUUUCUGAAGGGAUUUAAAGUUCAAGGGACAGUUUUAACCAUGAUUGACAAAAAGCUGGAAUAAUUUUGCAGCACUUUUCUCCCCUAUCGAUGUCUGUAUUUUAAUUGCGGCAGAUACAAUUCAUCUAAGGAAUACUAAUAUCUCAUUACAUGCUCGUGAAGCAUUUUGGAGGAAUUUUUGAAACUGUUCAAAGAACUGACAUUUUCCAUCAAUAACAAAAAAAAAUCAAUUGAAAGAAACAAAAGUAUUGGUUAUGGCUGGAAUGCGGAGGGGUGACAAAACAGUUUUUCUUCUGAUCUGCUUUUUGGGACUGUUUCUGGACUUGGUCAAUGGCAGCUUGAUGAAGCAGCGGUCUCAUUCAAGCUUUAUCCAUCGGAGACUAAACAGCAGGGAGAGGCGAGAAAUGCAAAAAGAGAUCUUGUCUAUUUUGGGUUUACCUCGACGUCCCAAACCUUUGCUCUCUGUCAAACGCUCAUCGUCCGCUCCAGUUUUCAUGCUGGACCUUUAUCGCACCAUGGCCAAUGAAGAGUCAGACAAGUGGCAAGGAGCUUCAUUGCCUUUUCAUGUGUUCCAGAGCACUCGGAGACCUCUUGAGGAGACCUUCCUCAGUCAAGCAGAUACCAUUAUGAGCUUUGUCAAUGUAGUGGAGCACAAUGAAGAUGUUUUUCACCACAAGGCACAGUGGAAAGAAUUUAAGUUCGAUUUAACUCAGAUUCCUCGUGGUGAAAUGGUAACUGCUGCAGAGUUUAGGAUCUACAAAGGAGCCAAUGACAAUUUCCAUGGGAACAUGACCCUUCAUAUCACAAUUUACCAAGUGUUGCAGGUGCUCCAGGACAGAGAACCAGAGCUCCUCCUAUUGGACAAUCAAGAAGUAUGGCCCACAGAAGAAGGGUGGUUGGAGUUUGACAUCACAGCAACAAGCAACGAUUGGCUGAUGAAUCCUCAUUAUAAUCUGGGUCUGCGCCUUUGUGUGGAAACUGAGGAAGCUCCUGGACGCAGUCUAGACCCUGACUCUGUUGGGCUGGUAGGACGACGAGGAGCCCGUUCAAAGCAGCCAUUCAUGGUAACCUUUUUCAGAGCAAGUCCAGCACCAAUUCGUACAACACGGACUACAAAACCACGCAGAGGUCGUAAGAAGCACAACCAAUCACAGGAAUCCUGUGAGAAACUACCUAGCACAUCAGCAGCCCGUUAUUCUGGAGAUCACAGGCGAGUAUGUAAGAGACAUGAUCUGUACGUUAGCUUCCGCGACCUUGGCUGGCAGGAUUGGAUAAUUGCACCAGAGGGUUACGCAGCAUUUUAUUGUGAUGGAGAAUGUUCAUUUCCACUUGACUCCCACAUGAAUGCAACCAACCAUGCAGUUGUUCAGACAUUGGCUCACCUGUUGAAGCCAGAAGCAGUUCCAAAGCCAUGUUGUGCACCAACAAAACUUAGUGCCACUUCAGUACUCUACUUUGAUGAGAAAUACAAUGUGAUAUUAAAAAAGUACCGGAAUAUGGUGGCAAAGUCAUGUGGCUGUCAAUAAUCUUUUCCAAGUGUGUUGCAAUUGUGCUUGGUAAAAUAUUCAAGGAAGAAUAUCAUCGAGAAAAUAGCAAGUGAACAAAGCACUGCAGUCUCCUUUGUAUUGCCAAGUGUUAAUAUUUAAUAUAUCGCAAUUUCAUUUAGAUCUGUACAGUCGAAUUUCAUUUUUAAAGCCUUUAGAUAUAAAUAAAAUGGUCCAAGAUAACGUUAUCUAAAU